AUGGAACUCUUCAUAGCCGAAAUGGAUAAGGCGAGAGCAAGAGAUGGCGGCGCUCCUCUUGCCUCGUGUCAGAGCAUCCUACCUGUUAGUACCAAUAGUGGUUCAUCAGAGUCUUCUUCUUCCAUUGGAAAGAGGGCGGCCGAGGGGCGUGCAUUGGAUACGUCGGGUUCCGCGAGUCAGUUGUUGAAGAGGUCCUUUCGGCCGGUAUUAGUGCAGAAGUCAGAUGGGAAGUUGGUUUUGAAGAAGAAGAAAGUUGAGUUUGUUUCUGGGAAUGGGUUGCUAUCUGAAGAAGGUGCGAAGGAGGUAGGGUUACCAAGUUUAGAUGUUUCAACAGAAAACGCAGCAUUUCUUGAUAGUGAGAAGCUUCUUAAUACCUUGCGAAGCAUCAUUUCAACGCGCAAGGCUCCCGUCUUGUCGUUCGAUUUGACUGUGAAGCAGAAGCUGGCCACCUUAAAUUCCGCUGGGCCUCAUGUUGCUAGGCAGAUAAUCGCCAAAAAUAUGUUACACAUUAGGGGGGAAGCAAUAAGAGAAUCAACGUGGACGAAUUAUAUCAGUCAUUUUUCGAGUUAUUUAGAAUAUUGUAAUGCUAUUCGAGAGCGUCCUUUUCCUUACAAGGCAGGCAAAUGCGAGGGUUUUCUAGCAUUACAUAAAAACGAUUCUAGUGUCACGACAGCAAAGGCAGCUUUGAAGAAGGUGGGUCUUGUUUUUAACAUGGAAUUUCCUGCCACUUCUCAGAUAACUGCAAUUAUUAGGGGCAUUCGUUCGAAGAAGGCACCGAUACGACGGCGGGACCCUGUGUCCCCCGUUUUCCUUAACAAGUUGCUCUCUGAUACUACUAUCUGUCCUGAUGUGCGCACGUUGUUCGUCGUGACGUGGAUUUUCUUGCUGCGAAUGCAGAACGAGGCGCUGCCCCUUGUCAAACUUUCGUCUCCCGAGGCGAAAGACCCUCGGUUGAGAUUGAAAGGGCAUAGUGCAGUUUGGGCCGACUCCUCCACUAGGGAGGUAACUAUUCGCCUAGCUACUCGCAAGAAUAAAGUCACAGAAGGUGACACAAUCAUCCGCGGUUGCACGUGCAACGACAGGCCUAGUCGGGCCUUGACCCUCUCCGGUAGGGAGAAGCGUAAUGUCAGCACCAAGGUUUUAGCUUCGUGGCCCAUCGACGGUUGCCCUUUUUGUAUUUGGUGGAAGAAGUGGGUCGAACCUUUGGAUGAAGGGGAGAAAGUUUUUUUUGGGUGUUCUUACAAGGAGGCUUUGUCUGAGGUUCAGACGGCGGCCGAGCGGUAUAAUGAGAAGGGGGAUUUUGCCACACAGUCAUUUCGACGUGGAGGUGCCACGACGUUAGCAAUGUGUGGCGGGUCUCACGCUGAGACUUUGAAGGCAGGUAGUUGGUCUCAGAAGAGCGCGAGUUGGCGUAGAUAUGUCUCCGAGGAGCGUUUAGAGGUAGAAGCGCUAAAAAAGGCUUCCGUCGAGCUUAAUGUUCACAUCGAUUCUGAUGAAGAGGAUAUUCCGUUUAGUGAUGAAGACUUGGACGCCAUUCAAGGCGAUGACGAACAAGAUGAUGAAUAGGUUUUUGCCGGUGGUUCCUCUGUUAGGAAUGUUAGACAAUUACCUUUAGUCUCGUACGAGGGUAAUCGGAAGAUCUAGACUUCUUGGGUUUUCUUCAAAAGCUGUCAACUGUCGCUGAUCUCGAGGAGUUCGAAUCUCUUACUCGGAAGUAAGGUCCAUCCAGCUAAGACUGUCGAAGCAAGGACCUGUUUCGUGCCGGUGUCUCACACGCGUGGUAGCGCGGCUUUCUGGUGUUCCAUUCAUUUCAGGACUCAUCACGUUACCAGGAGCUGUUCUACUUCACAGAGACGUCGCGCGAUCGCGCAU